GAAUUUAGUAUUGUGCUAGUCGGGGGGGCGGUGACAUAUUUUUACCCGUCAUCGUCAUAAUUUUUGUGAAUUUGUUGGAAAAGCUAAAAUAGUGCCGUUUUGGGGUGUAAAUAGUUUAUGUCAGGACUGAACGUGAGGAUGGCGGGUCAGACUAUUAACGAUAGGCUUUUAGCCGCUCGCCACAGUAUCGCCGGCCAAGGAUUAGCAAAAUCUGUGUGCAAAGCUACCACCGAAGAAAUGAUUGCACCCAAAAAGAAACAUUUAGAUUAUCUAGUCCACUGCACAAACGAGCCGAAUGUAUCGAUACCGCAGCUCGCCAACUUGCUCGUCGAGCGGACGCAGAACACCAAUUGGGUGGUGGUGUACAAAGCGCUCAUCACCGUACAUCAUUUACUAGCUUAUGGGAAUGAGAGGUUCACACAAUACCUAGCGUCGAGCAAUUCGACGUUUCAACUAAGUAAUUUCUUAGACAAAAGCGGAGUACAAGGCGCGGCCGGUGCCCGGAUUGGCUACGACAUGUCGCCGUUCAUACGGCGCUACGCCAAGUACCUGAAUGAGAAGGCCUUGUCCUACAGGACUGUUGCCUUUGAUUUCUGCAAAGUCAAGAGAGGAAAGGAGGAGGGUUCCCUUCGUAUGAUGAAUGCAGAGAAACUGCUCAAAACUCUGCCAGUUCUCCAAGCCCAGCUGGACGGUCUACUGGAGUUCGAUUGUACAGCCAACGAUCUGACCAAUGGCGUCAUAAGCAUGUGCUUUAUGUUGCUCUUCCGAGAUCUCAUCAGAUUGUUCGCUUGCUACAACGACGGGAUAAUUAACCUGCUGGAGAAAUACUUCGACAUGAACAAGAAGAACUGCCGCGAGGCUCUCGACCUCUAUAAGAAGUUCCUCAUCAGGAUGGAUAGGGUCGGCGAGUUCUUAAAGGUGGCGGAGAACGUGGGCAUAGACAAGGGCGAUAUCCCGGACCUGACGAAGGCGCCCAGCAGCCUGCUGGACGCGCUGGAGGGACACCUCGCCGCGCUCGAGGGCAAGCGGGGCUCCGCAGCCAACACACCCACGCAGACCGCCAGCGCCCAAAAGAACGUAGCCUCAGUGAUGGGCGCGUUAUCAUCCACCUCAUCUUCCUUCGGCAACGCGGCCGCGUCCAGCCGCCUCGACAACCAGCCCAACGGGGCGCCGCUGUUCAUUGACGACAGCCUGGCGCAGCAGGCGCUGGCUGAGGAAGAAGCCGCCAUGAACCAGUAUAAGAAUAAAGUGCAAUCUCCAACGAACUCUGCGGCUAACAAUCCGUUCCUAUCUUCGGCUGCUCCUAAUCAAAACCAAUCUAUAGUAGACUUGUUCGGGCCAAGUCCAGCGGAUACUAACAGCCAGAAUAGUAAGGCGUCGGACGAUUUGUUGUCUUUAGGCAACCCCUUCGCUGAUAUGUUUGGAGCGGCGGCGCCACAACCCGCUGUGGCCCAGCCGAUGUGGCCGGCGCACAGCAACGGGUUCGGGGCCUCGUUCCCGGCACACGGCAACACGUUCGUCACCGACGACAGUUUCUCUAACGUUUUCAGUAACACUGACACUGCAGGUCAACAACCGCAACAACAACCUGGUAAAGUGCUGACCGGUGACUUGGAUUCUUCCCUAGCUCAGCUGGCUAACAAUCUGAGCAUCAACAAGACAGCCACGGCUCAAAAACCGAUGCAGUGGAACUCACCCAAGAAUGCGUCCAAACCGGGAGCCACCUGGAGUCCGCAGCCGAUGCAGGCCACCACCGGAGCCGGCUACCGACCCAUGGGCCCAGGCAUGACUCUCCCACCAAUGCCCCACACCUUGCCCCAUACAUAUCACCCUCCGCAUUAUAUGAUGCAACAGCCAAGCAUGGUAAUGGGGAUGCCGGGUGCUCCAAUGAUGCCGAUGGGCCCGCCUAUGCGGCCCGCGAUGCCCCCACAACCCACCACAAAUCAAUUUAGUUAAACUGGCACCGUAUGACCCUAAUGCUUCGGUCUCGUAUACGAAUAUUCGAACAGCAAUUUAGUUAUUCGAAAAAGUGUUAUUCGACAACACUUUUGUACGCGAAUGUACUGGCUUACGGAAAAUGUAUUACAAUUUAAUUAUGUUUUAAAUGUGCAUGGAUAUAUAAAAAUGUUUUUGUUUGUCUGUGAGCGGAAAGCAUUCGGGUCGUUUUACAAAUCAAAUAAGUGUAACUCAGGUAGGUGUUUCAUACUUCAUGCAAAAGAUGUUAUAAAGACGCUCUUUUCAUAAAACCUUCCUAGGUCAUUUACUGUGUUCAAAGUUACCGUUUUAAGCUUUGGUUAGUCGUACAUUUAGUUCUUAUAACAUGGUAAAUUGAAUCGGAGUAGGAAAAAUGUUCAACAUUAGUCGUUUAGCAUUUGAAUACUCAUGCAUUGAUUCGAGAUACGUCAUUGCAAAAAUGUACGGUCAGCAACAAUAUUAAUUGCAAAAUCGCUACUAUCACAAUAGCGGGAAUAUUACGCGAAAUUCGAUAGAGAUGGCGGUAUCAAAUAAGUCAAUAUCAUUGAAGACUUGUCAUUGUCAAAAAAUGCUGUUUACACGAAAUCCUAGUGCUGCAUUCUAGCGUAAUAACAUUGCUGUAAUAUUCUCUAUUCCCGUAAUAUGUUGUUGACUGUACUUUAAUUACUGUUUUGCUCAUUUCUGUGGCCUGAGUUAUGGUAUAUAAUUUACCGUGAUAUGAACAUUUGAUGGAAAUAAAAAAAAAAUCGGUAUUGAAAUGAAUUAUAGAAAGAAACACUAAUGGUUUAUUUUUAAUAGAAAAUUAUUUUAGUAUAAUCUUUUAUCAAACAGAAUCGACUUAUGAAUUUUUUUUAUGAAAUUUCUUAUGAAAAUGGUGCAUGAAUUUAUUUUCGCCUUCGGAAUUCUACAGACAUCACAUUCCAUAUUUUGUACAAAGAUCAUAAUUUAUUUUAGCUAAAGUUACAUUGCAACUUACUAAUACAGACAGGUUAUUUAAAUAAAAGUUAAAAAUUUCAUAGUGAAUUUAGUAUGUGAUAUCGGCAAACUUAUUAAUAAAGAUAUACUAAUAAGAAUAUAAAAGUUUUCGAUUCGCAAUUACUGAAUUUGCCUUCUAAAAACAUUGGAUUUUUGUUAAAAAAAAGUCAUCUACGUGAAUAGCCAUCCUGAUUUUUCAUGCGUAAUCGGCAUUUAUCACUUUAGAUGAGAUGAAUUCUAGUUAGUUUUAGUUCGAUGUAUGAAAAUUCGUCUAGUAUGAAUAGAUGGGCAAACAUUACAUAUUACAAUGAAUAGUGUAUAAAUAUAAUUGAAUAUUAACUAUACCUAAGGAUCUAUUAGAUGUCUUCACUGGUUUCUCGUGUCUAUACUCAUGUUCCAAAUUAUAGAAAGAGAUAGAAUAUCCAGUGCUGCAAUAUAAAAAAUGGCAACAUUGAAGAAUCGCUUUUGCUGCUACAAAAGUGGAUUUUCAUUAAUAAAAUACCACAUGUAUUGUGUAAAAAUGUAUUUAUCAUUGAAAAACAAAACAACAUAUUACUAAAUAGGAAGUUAUCACAUUAGCUUGUUAUCAAUAUUAGGUGUUACGGGUGAAAAUUGAUCAGCUGUUAUGAAUGUAUGGACUAGGUGCUUACCACAUGCAACAGUUGCAAUAUAAUUUUUAUUCAUACAUUUCGAAAAAAUAUAUUGUUAUAACAAGAAGUACAGAAUGGCAAUACUUUGUGCAAACACAUUAUUUUUAUUCAUCAUGACAAUUAUUUUUUUAUUUAAGUAUUAUUUGUAGUUAAAUAAUACCUGUAGUCAUGAUUUCCAUUUUUUCCUGUUGAAAAUUCUAAAAUGGUUCAUUAAAUUUAUUUAUACCCUUUACUGUAUUGACAUGAGGUGAAAAUUGUGAUAAUUUUUUUUCAAAAGACUGUUACGUAAUUUCGAAGUAUUAAAAGAUGUAUCAUAUUUAUUUAUUGCAAUGAUUUGAACAGAGUAUUGAAAUUUAUAAAAUGUUGCCAUUGUAAAAAAUAAUUUAGUGUUCAAUAAAUUGUAGUUUAUCCAUAGAUGGCGCUGUAAUCGUCCCAAAUUUAAAUGAAUGAUGAUGUCGCUGCAAGUGAUAACAUACGAUAUAAUUUUUUAUUUUUUAUAUAAAUGAUUAAUUAAAUUUUCACCGCCAUUAUGAAUCUGUGUAGCAACUUUUGGCAACUAAGUAUCUAGGAUAUAGCAUUGUUGAAAGAUAUCCAAAUAUAUGAAUACUAUUUGCUUAAAUGUGUAGAUGUUCGUGAAACAUAUGAUAUAGACUUAAUUCUGGUAUAACAGUUCAAAAUCCUACAAAAGUAUCUACAUAAAUAUCGUUUGUAAAUAUAUUUGUUCACAUAGUGCAUAGUAUGGAUGUAAAAUUACAAUGUUGUUUCUUUAUGUACGACCGUCUAAGAGACAUUUGAUUCAGUUUUCCUUAAAAAUUCCGAAUUUCAAUUAAUGUGAUUAAUAAAUCAAAUCACAUAAACGUAAUAUAAUUUCUUGUCUUUUGUAUGUUUUAAAAUUUUGCAAUCUACGAAUAUAUUACAUGUAAAAUUUAAAUGUCUCUUAAUAGUUGACUGUUUAUUUAUAUACUUAUGAUUUAGAUGUUUUCCUUGUUUAUGAAUUCAAAUUAAUGAUAUGUAAUAUCAUUUUCAAAUUGUGUGUUAGGUCUAUUGAUUGGUAACCCUAUAAAAUCGAAUGUUUUUGUGCAAUAAUUUAUAAUUUCGUGAAAUUAUCCCCUUGAUUAUGAACUUUACAUAUUUUAAGUAUUAUCAUUUGUCAUUUGAUUAUGUAAUUGGCUUGCCACGUACAUCCAAAUAUAUUGUAUACGUCUUAUUAAAAGCUAAGUUGAAAUGGGCGUAUUAUAUAACGAUACGUCCACAUCGUGCCAACGAACGCCAUCGAAUGUGUUUCUAUCUCUUUUUAACAUAUUGUGGAAUCAAUCCACCGCUAAUUUAUGUGAAAUUUAUUUGAAAAUAAUGAGAUUAAAAUUGGGAAUUGAACCGACGCUCAUGUCUAAUCGAGAGAGUGCCCUUAACCAUCCUGUCUUUUCGUUGGCUUGGUGUGGACGUGACAUUAGGAUGACGUGGUGUGUGGUCGGAACGACUGAAUAGUGUUGGAUUGGUUGGUCUUAAUGCGAUGAUUACGAUACACAAUCACACUCAUACAUUUAAAUAUGUGUCUAGUUUUGCCUAACAGGCUUAUUUUUAAUUAUCCGGUUUUUAUAAUUUCUUGUCAAUUCAUUUUAAACCUAUUGUGCUUGACUUAGGGCUCAUAUUUAAUUGCAUUUAAGAGUGUGCUGCGUAUCGUAAGUCUCAAGAAAGUUUUUUCUCACUGCUUGGCAGUAAAAACUGAUUCUUUAUAAUUCGUAUGGCUUUUAAAUUUUUAAGUUGUACAUUUUAUUAUUAUUUUAUCAAUAUAAUUUUAAUCAUCCUUUUUAUGUAAAUAUGCCGCUUUAUCAAUUAGCUUUAUUGCGUCUAGGUAUUUGAUUUAGUUUAUUUAUGAAAGGAAUAAAUCAGUUAUGAAUAUUA